AAUUCUGGUUUGUCGUGUCAGUAACGCCAGGGCGGCCUUGCUAGGUGGUAGGUGUACGUCGAAGUUAGGCCAUCCUAUAUGACUGUUCGCCCUUCUUUAAACCUCCUGUCAGUUUCUUUUGAGAAUAGUGAAUGCUGGCCAUUUUGCCGCUUAGCAGAGGCACCCUCGAAAGCAUACGGAAUCCCUUCUAAAUUACGCUACGAAAAGGAUAACAUUUGUGUUUCCCCAGCGCUAACAAGUGACUGUUUUCGUGCGAGAGUCUGCAGCAGUGCUGUCUAGACCAGGAGCUUCGGUGGGGGAAAUAUAACUCAUUCAGUUAUCCUAUUUUUGGAUGAUGCAAUAGUUCAGCAAGAGAUCUGGCAGAACGAGACAACUACUGAACCGGGAAAACCAAAUCGACAGUAGAUUGUAAUCAGAAGGACAGACGCCGAUCUACACACAAGCCAGCUCUGCUGUUCGGCUCUCUCGAGUGAGGGAAACUGACUCUUGUUUUCUCGAAAGUAAAUUGAUGUUACUCUACUAAGCAGAAGACGAGUCUAUCAUUUAAGACUGAACUCUCGGAAGAAGAAGACUACGCCGACUUAAUAUAUUUUCUUCGGAGUCUUUUCGCGAAAGGAAUGACACAGUCUUCAUCAUGACACCUUCUGCCAUCAUCUGCGCCGCCAUGUUCUCAGAGCCCGGAAGAACAUCUGCUAAAAAAAGCGUCUGUAGUCAUUUAGUCGGAAUCGGAGACGUCGCCCGCGCUUACUCAGCCUUUUGAUGUUUCCCCUCAAGUUCUUUCGCGAAAGUUUUAUUUUGAGAAAGCUCCUUCUUCGAUUGUUUCCGUUGGAAUCGCACGAGUCUUUUGUAAGCUAUUAGGAAAGAAAACGUUAGACGUCAGCGCCUGACACCACCACCACCACCACCACCACCUUAUUACUCAUACGAAUAUUUUCCCGUUUAUUAUAUUUGCAUUCUCAGUUUUGAAACCUUCCUCCGAAAAUAUAUAUAUUUUUUGUUAAAGUUCUCCUGGCGAGAGAGCUUCUCUAGAAAACAAGACAAAAGAAAGACAUCUCUAUACGACGUACAUUCCUGACGAAGGAGGCUUCUGUUCAGAUCACAUAAACGCGUUGAAUUCCACGUGAUAAAACAAACGUCAAGACGACGCAUACUCUGUAUUCAAUCCAAGAGCCUCCUCCGAUCGCUGGCGCCCUUUCUUCAUUUGGAACUUUCUGUGAAGUACGCCUUUCGGGAUCCGUUCAGUGUCAAACCCCUCGCUCCUCCCACGCCCCCUUUCGGAGUCGAGUCUCUGAAGAAGGGCGUCCUCCUCCUUCCCGCCGCCCUCGCCCCUCCCCUCUCCCCUCCCCCUUCCCCCUUCCCCAUAGCCGUGACGUUUGAGGGUCGUCAUCGCCACCCAGCCAGUUCGAUGUUGAGGCCCACCCGUCGAGUGGCCGCAUGGAUUCUGGAUAAGGACUGGGCGAACACACUCAAUAACAUCGGCUAUCAGUCGUGGGCGUGGAACUUCUGCGUCUUGCUGCUGCUCUCCUCCGCCGCCCACCACAACCUACCUCGGAACAACCCGCCCACCGGCGGCAGCAGCAGCAGCAGCGGCGCCCCUACCACCGCCCCUCCUACCACCACCUCCUCCUCCUCCUCCGCCGGCAGUGGAGGGUGGACUGGCUCCUGGAGACUAGUGCUGGACAGCCUGGUCUUGGUCACGUCGACAACAGCCGCGUCUGUCACGACGAGCGGCGGCAGCAGCGGGUGGGUGGGCGUGGGCGCGCUGGCCAGCAUCAUGCCCGACGCCCAUCUAGCGAAGGUGGUGUUUGCGGCCGGCAUCUUGGUCUUCUGGAUGGCGUUCUGGAUCAUCCACCUGAUCGGCAUCAUCUAUGGGUAUCGCAAACUUCACCGCCGGGGGACACAGGCCGUGGACGGGGGUGAACCAGGGGUGUUGGGGGUGAGCAUCCUGAAACCCCUGGUGGGUUCCCCUAUGGAUCCCAACCUCAUGACGAACCUCGAGACAUUUUUCACUCUCAAUUAUCCUAAGUACGAGCUGCUCUUCUGCGUGCAAGAGGAAGGCGACCCAAGCAUAAUGCUUGUCAAGCAACUGAUGAAGAAACACCCUCACGUGGACGCCUCCUGUUUUACAGGUGGUCUAGAAGUAGGCGUCAACCCAAAGAUCAAUAAUAUGCAGCCGGGAUACUUGGCUGCCAAACACGAGUUGAUCCUCAUAUCCGACUCGGGUCUUAUGAUGAAGGAAGACACGCUGACCGACAUGGUCGAUCACAUGACCGCCGACGUCGGCAUCGUCCACCAGAUGCCCUUCACUUGCGACAGAAAGGGGUGGCCAGCCAUCCUCGAAAAGGUUUUCUUCGGCACGAGUCAUGCCCGAAUGUAUCUGUUCUUGGGACUGCUGGACGCCCUUGGCUUCGGUGUCAAUUGCUGUACCGGCAUGUCCUGUCUAAUGAGGAAGAAGGUCUUGGAUGAAGCUGGAGGCAUAAGUGCAUUUGGCAUUUACUUAGCUGAGGAUUACUUUUUUGCUAAGUACAUCCAGGAUCAAGGCUGGGGAAUUCGCAUUUCUUCGCAACCUGCUUGGCAGAAUGCUGGAAUCUCGCGAGUCAAGAGUUUUUUAUCCAGGCUAACAAGAUGGUGUAAAUUACGUGUAGCAAUGGUUCCUCAUACCAUCGUUUUGGAGCCCUUCAGUGAAUGCAUGAUACUCGGACUGGUGGCUUCAUGGGCAGCUACAGUCUUGUUUCAUGCAGAUUACCUUACAUUUUUCCUGUUUCACACCCUUACUUGGUCACUUGCUGAUUGGAUUAUGCUCAACAUUGUUCAGAAUGGGCCACCUCCCUUCAGCAAGUUCGAAUUUGUUAUAAGUUGGUGCUUCAGGGAAGUUAGCGCAAUAUUCAUUUUCCUACAUGCAAUCUGGAACCCAGUCAUAACCUGGCGCACUGGGUCUUAUAAGCUACGUUGGUGGGGUGUGGCGGAACCAGUGAAUACCAGAGUAACUGUCAUGUGAAUGCAAUUAUCAUAUAUUGAAAAUUUAAUAUGAGCAAUAGCACAGCAAACAGACUGCAUCUCUGGUGAAAGUAAAAAGAGAACAUUGCUCCAGUGCAAACUGUGAACUGGUGAUUUGCAGCAACUGUGCUCCUAUUGAACAAGCGUGGACACACUGUGAUAUGUACUGUAUUCAUACUCAUCCUAAUGAACUACAAUGCCUGUUACCACCAAUUGUAGCUUUGCUUCUUCAUGUGUAGGGAUGUGCUUGCCAUGUAUCCAUUUAUUGGAGGGGCUUAUCUCAUGAUGGUCCAUAUUGUGACAAGAAUUUUGUAAUUACUGUAUUUUGUAUGCUGAUAUUUGGCAGUCAAAUGGUAUAGAAGUUAAACUAUUUCUAUGUAAAGAGGUGUGUUUUUAGUUUCUGUGGCAUUUCUAGGAAAUUCUCUCCAAAUUUUUUCCAUAAACACCACAUCUUUGUGCAAGUUAAUUGGGAGAAAAUUUAUUAAAAUUAGUGCAUGUUUAAGCAACUUUAAAUUCACAUAAAUAAUUAGUUAAAGAAAUCAAAUUUUAUUAUAUGAUUUUGCCUUUAUAUUGUAGUAGUGUGAUGUAUAUAUUUGUAUGUAUAAAUAGCAACUGAAAAGUGUCAUCAACUGUUAGUCUUACAAAAGCAAACUUGUCAUGCCCUCACCACUGGAAAAGAAGGUGGAACAGUGCCAAAUGUUUGUUUUAAAAGCAUAGUCCGUCCUACUUUAUAAUGAAAAUGUAUGCAACAUUUUAUUAAUUGCAGACUGCAUUGUAGUAGACAAUAUUUGAGCACUGCUGCCAUCUGAAAGUUGGCAUUUAUGAAAUUUUGACUUGUCACCAUCACCCUAACAAGUACAAUCAUAUCCCUAAGAGAAAAAUGGGUACAGUAGUUAUCAGUGGAUAAUACUAAGUGAAACAAUGUGAUUCAAAAUAUACAAAAUAUAUUUCCUCUGGAGUGAUCAGUCACAAGUUGUAAAAUGCAUGUUUUGUGAAGUGAUAACUACAGAAAAAAGCCAAAUCUCUUGAUUUUGUACAUAAGUGUACAAGUACAUCAUGUAUAGUGUUAAUGUUACUGUUUGGAUACAUGAAUAGACAGGAUAAAAAGAAAGGCACAAACCAAUUUAGUAUGUAUAUAAAGGUCUUGCCAUUUAUUGUGAAGCCACAUGUGCUUGGAAUUUGGAGUGCUUGACAUAGUGCUUGUAUUUUGUGCCUUUUACAUAUGUGGCAUUCAAUUGCAUUUAAUGACUUUUUCAUUAAAAGUGAAAAUAUUCUGUUAUUAGUUUGCUAAGUCAAAGGAACCAAGAAUUUUUGCUCAACGCAUUUGAUAAGUGUUUUUAAGUGUCUUUUGUUACAGAGAUUUUGAAAAAGUGGAAGUUUACUUGGAUGUGUUGUAGAGGUAAAACAAUAGUGCAGAUUGAGUACUUAAUCCAUACAAGGAUUGUACAAAACAUGACCAUAUUAUAUAUAUAAUUUAUGAAAAAAUAUUGCAAGUUGAUUUUAUAAAACUUAUGAUUGUCUUUGCAAUUCUCAAAUUUAUUUUUCUUAUUGUCUACAUUUGAGCAUAUUUCAGAAAUUCAUUAAAAUUUAAGUGUAUAUCAGUAAUGAUUUACACUUAGUCAGAAAUACCUAUUAUGGUUUGUGUAAGUCAUAUUGGUUCACUCUGGCUUUGUGCAAGACAAAAUAUAAGUUGCAACUUCCCCUUGUGGUUGUACAGGACAAAUAUUUAAAAAAUUUUCAGAGAAGUUUAUUUCUGCCAAAACCAUAUAAUUCAGCACCCAAAUAUGAUCUUGUUUAGGAGUACUGGUCCCCUAGCUCCCUAUCCAUAUUUAUAGUUCUGUACUUUGAUCUGCUGCCCAGUAACAAAGUCACCAUUUAAAAAUAAAUUCACUAAAUUAACUCAUCAUUAAAGACUAGUGUUUUUCCAGUGUGCUGUUUCUGGUACUUCAGUCAAAAUUAGUGUCUUCAAAUUAACUCUUAAGUGAAAAUCAAUGUGCCAUUGUCAUGGAGGCAUGUUUUCUAUAUCAAGUUUAACCUUUGUGUGCCACUAUUUUACAGAUAAUUUUUGUUUAAUCCACAAAUUAAGUGCUCUAGCCUUUGUUAAUAAUAGAAAACUCAAAACUGAAUCUUGAGUAGUGUUCCUUGCUACAUUCCAGAACACACAGUUUUAAUAUUUAGACCAAUUUAAUUUUCUGGUACGGCAUACUUAUUUUUUUUUGCAGUGUUGCCUAGUUGUGUGAACAGAUUGGUUAGAGACGUAUUUUUAAGCUCUGAGCUUAAACAAUUUUUAUCUAGUCAUAAUACAAUUGCCAUAUAUACAAAUGUGGGAAACCUACUAUACUGGUACUGAGAAAUUUAUUCAUGAAACUGCAAAACUGGCUUUUUGAGGAAUCAAAAGUCCCGACUUGUUCCUGUUCUUUUGUGCCAUUUACAAUAUUUGCCUCAUUAACUUAUUUAAGUGUUUCCUUCAUUUGUCUGUGAUUUGCUGUCCAUAUUCAUUAAACUUAUUUUGGUUACUUUGAUUACUGAAUUACUAAAUAUUACAGUAGGCAUAACUCAUAAGUAUUUAUAAUUGUCACCAAACAUUAUUACAGUUUCAUUUAGCAAGUUCUAUCUUAUAUCAGUUAGGAAGAGCUAAUUUGAAGCAAUUUGAUGGUACAAAGCCUCCUGAACAGUUAUAUCUGUGAGUGUACAGUAUGCUUUUUUUUUUUUAAUUAUAUGUAUUGCCAUUUAAUAUGAACAUCUUUACAAAAAAAAUUUUUAUGUAACCUUAAUUUGUUCAAAUCCAAGGAAAAUAUUACAUAAAUGAAUGCAGUUGCAGAAUGUUAGAGCACCCUUCAUUCUAGUCAUCUCUCGAGCUGAUGUAUUUGGAAAUGGGGCGGUUGCUUCUAAAAUAAAAUGCAAUUUUGGGUUGAACAUUAUAAAUAAUAGAAUUCUAUAGUAUGUAUAAGCAAUUUUGUUGUUAAGAUUUACAAAUUUUAUCAACUUUAUCAACGUAAUUGCACAUUAUACAUAACCAAAUUUAUACUUUUACAUUUGUAAAUUCAUUAUUUGCUUUGUAUCAUAAUUUUCUUAUUAUGGAGCAUAUUCAGUCAUAAUUGUAUUAAUUUUUUUAUAUUUGUCAAGGAGCAUACAUAUUUAUUUAAGCAAUGUCACUAUAUUUUUCAUCCAGCACCAGAAUUUAACAAAAUUAAAAGUAAAUUUUACAAAAUAUAAUUGAAACUCAGUUCAAAUUAAGUUGAUAUGUUUUGAGAUUGUUGAAGAGCAAAUUUUAAAGCAGUAAAACCCAUGAAGAAGUUUAACUAGAAAAAGUUGUCACAAAGAUGCUUCAUGUUCUGUAGCAUUAAUUUUGUGAACAAAGCCAGUUGUAAAGGUAGGCACAUAAAAAUAUUUUCUAGCUAUUGCACUACAUACAGAUCUAAAAAUCAAAGUUGUUAAGAGUAGGAAUUUGUUACACAUUAUAGCGAGGAAUUUUUUCAAUGACCCAGUUAAUUUGCCAGCUUAAAAAGCUUUGUGGCUAAUUCUCAUUCCCAUGUACUGUAUACUUCUUGGAAGUUGAAAUUUUGUUAAACCACGAUGGUAAUAAACGUCUUUUUUUGUAA